UUAAUCAACAGUUAUACUCCAUUACUUUCAAAACAAAAUUCAGGGGUAUAAAUUUUAAAAUUAUUAUAAAGUCGAUAAUAUUCAAGCAAUGAAAGUUCCGAAAAUUCCCGAAUGGAUAUCCACUCUUUCUCUUAACCAGGCUGUGCAGUCAACUGUGGACGGCGAAGUCCAGAUCCUGUCGGUCGCUCCAAGCGUCCAUCUCAUCCAGUUCCGGAACUGUACUAUCCUCAUUCCAAUCAAGGUGAAGGUUCGGCUGGGGAAUUGGACGGUCAAGAAGUUAUCCUUUCUGCUGAAGGCUCAACAUGGCAACGAUUUCCAGGCAAGAGUGAUGAACCAAUUGAAAAUGUUCCUGCGGGAGCAACAGGUUUACCACAACAUCUUGCCAAAGUUCGAGCAACUCUAUUCGGAGGUGGGCAAGAAUAUAUCCUUCGGCCCGAGGGCCUUUAAGCUGGACCACAACAUCGGUGUUCAGUACAUCCUGCUGGAGGAUCUCAAGGCUCUGGGAUACAAGAAUGUGGAACGGCAAGGUGGCUUCAAUAUUAAGUGCCUAAAGCAAGUGCUACAGAAGCUGGCUCAAUUUCAUGCCGCUUCGGUUGUUUAUGUGGAAAAACACGGGGAGUUCCCCAAACUUCUGGCCAACGGAGUCUACACGAAGUCCAACCGAUCGGUUCUGAACGAACUGAACGAUCCGGAUCCCUUCCUUUCGCAACUGCGACGACUGCGCAUUGGCGACCAUUUCCACAAGCGGUUUGUGGAAAAGGAACAGGACCUCGUCGAUAGAAUCCUGGAAAUGCAUGCCAUCGACCCAGAAAAAUUCAACGUCCUAAAUCACUGCGAUUGCUGGGUUAACAACGUUAUGUUUAAGUUUGACGACGAGGAUCAAGUGGAGGACACCGCACUGCUCGAUUUUCAGCUGGUCAAGUACGGAUCUCCGGCCAAUGAUCUAUACUACACCAUUCUGUCGUCAGCCGAGAAGGACAUUAAGUUGACCCAGUUCGACAGUAUGGUACAAUAUUACUUCUACCACUUGCUGGAUAGCCUCAAAGUUCUUAAUUGUCAAAGGCCGUUGCCUCAACUCCAGGAUAUUCGAGAUGCCCUCAACAGGAACGGACUGGCUGCCUAUGUAGUGGUAACACGAGUUCUACCAAUUGCCAUGAUGAAUCAGUUUGAGGACGAGGUUAACGAACGAUACGCCUCCAAAAUGAAGUGCGCCAUGUUCACCAGUAGAAAAUAUAUUCAGGCGAUGAAAGAUAUCCUGCCCUGGAUGGAAGAGCGGUGCCUACUUAAUUAGUGGUAAAAUGAUUUCAGGCCAAUUUGUUUCGAUAAGUUGCUUAAAUCUAAUGAAUGAACAAGUUUUUUCAGGGACAAGGCCUUUAUUGUGUUCUAGCCAAAUACUUAAUAAACUUCAUUACCCCAAUCUUA